GAUUAUGAGGUGCUCGCACAGGCGCUCAUGUUUUUGAUCGCCGGCUACGAGACAACAUCGACAACACUGACCGCCUGUGCCUAUGAGUUGGCCCUAAACCCCGACAUUCAACAGAAACUCUACGAUGAGAUAAACGGUGCCAUCGAUUCCGACGGAGAGAUACCGUACGACGUGUUGACACGACUUCCCUAUUUGGAUGCCGUCCUAUCGGAGGCCCUACGCCUACACACACCGCCCCUUAGGUUCGCGAGGACUGCGAGCGCUGACUAUACUUUAGGCGACACCGGGAUUACCAUCAAAAAGGGACAACAGGUUGAGAUCCCUAUCCACGCCAUACACCAUUCGGCGGAGUAUUAUCCUGACCCAUUUAGUUUUAACCCGGAUAGAUUCAUGCCUGAAAAUAGGGGUACAAUAACUCCGUAUACAUACCUGCCCUUUGGCGGCGGUCCCCGCAAUUGCAUUGGUAUGAGGUUUGCCUUAUUAGAGGCGAAGCUAUGUUUGGCUCAUAUGAUAGGGAAGUAUCGACUUUUCCGGUGUCAGCGAACCGACGAUCAGAUUCAAUGCAAACGAUUCAUUCGGUUAGCGAUUCCCAAACGACUUGUGGUCGGCAUUGAG